AAGUGGGAGUGACAGGAUCAGAGAACUAACUGGGACUGAGUCUCUGCUCACUUUCUACCGCCACGCAUACAUAUUUAAGAACUCCUGUAAGACGCUAGUUGACGAAGAACAUAACUCUGAAGAUUGACAGGUCAACGAAACACUGCCACUGGUUACGAAGCUGGAUCCUGACAGACAGAUGGAGCAGGUCUCUUUUCCACCGCUGUCGCGCGUCGCCAUUUGCGGCGGUACGCACGGCAACGAGAUGACGGGGGUGUACGUGGUGCGAGAGAUGAAGAAAAAGAAGGUAGAUAAGGUCGGCUGUGUGUCUGUCAUGACAGUCCUUUCAAAUCCAGAAGCUGUUAAUGUGUGUAGACGGUACAUGGAAACAGAUCUCAAUCGUUGCUUCCCAGAUGCUUUGCUGAGUGCGCCACUAACGGCCUCCUCGCCGCACGAGAUGAAGCGAGCUCACGAGCUGAACGCUCUGCUCGGGCCCAAAGGAAGCCCACAGGCCGUCAACUUGCUGUGCGACAUCCACAACACCACCGCCAACAUGGGUAUAUGCUUCAUCUUUUACAGGUUUGACUGGAUCGCCCUUCACCUUUUUAAAUAUGUACAGAGUAAAACAUCAUUUGGGCCUGUGAGAGCGAUCCAGUUUGACACACCGCUUUCUGAGGCCUACUCACUUGAAUCUGUGGCCAAACAUGGCUUCGCGUUAGAGGUCGGACCUCAACCCACCGGAGUAGUCAGAGCAGACAUUUACAACAUGGUGACGGAAACGCUGGAUCUCAUCAUGGAGUGGCUUGAACAAUUCAAUUCCGGAAGUGUGUUCGAGGGUGGCGAAGUGGAGGCAUUCCGCAAGACCCAGUCCCUCGACUACCCGAGAGAUCCGACCACCGACGAGAUCACUGCUGCUAUUCAUCCCCAGCUGCAGGACAAGGACUUCAAGCUUCUCCGUGCCGGGGACCCCAUUUUCUGGCCGUUCACUGGGGAGGCAGUGAAGUACGAAGGAGAGGAGGCCUACCCUUUCUUUGUCAACGAAUGUGCCUACUACGAGAAGAAGGUUGCCUUCCAUUUAGCUCGGAAGAUCAGUAUUAGCCUCCCGUCCAUCAGUGUAAAGAAGAACUGAGCGGCCAUUAAAGUAGUCAUUUUAAAUGGUAAUUACAAAAUACACGUUAUUGAAGUAGUGGUGAGAAAUCGAAGGAGCGAGGCUAACUGUUAAGCUGAUCUGGUAACGUUGCCGUUGCAACUUGUUAAGUGUGGUGAACAACUUGGGAGUCGCAUUAUACAACCACUCACACCAACCAGUUGCUACUUUAAUUGCAUAUAACAACAGUGCAAGGUCGCUUUCUCAUUGGCUCGUUUCUUGUCAAAGAUAAAGAUUUGCAACAGGAAAUAUUGGAACAGGUUUACCGUAUGAUUGUCAGCCCUGCCCAAUUUCCAAACUGAUCGGGGAGGGUAAAAAAAAGAAAAAAACAAACGCCUAAACACAACCCAAACCACAAGAUAAUUGCUCACAACAAUCAUUCAGUCAUUUAAUAAUCAGGCUAUGGCUGAAUGAUCAGAAAGGGGGAAAAAAAUGCUCAAUUUCAGUUCAAUUAUUAAAACGUGUGUGUGUACCUUGGACGGACAGGUAUUUGGAAUUGACUUGCAAAUUUGCCGUUUCACACUUGUAUUAGAGGUAUAAAAGGGGCAGAUAGUGGGAAGCCACUUAUCAUGGUGUUAAGUUUUUUAACAACCGAGAUUCACUACUCGUGGCCCUUUGUGUUGAAAACAAUCGGCGGCAUCAAGGUCCCUUCAAAGUACACAUUUAAUUUACACCUGCUUUUUGUCUAUUUCGCUCACUCCAGAAACGUGAACUACAUGUAUUUUUACAUUCAUUACUUUUAUAUAUACACUUCAAUCGAACCCCUAAAGGGCUAAUGUUUUUCUGCUUUGUGAUAGUCAAGCUAUCCCGCGUAAUUACACAAUGAUUUUCGACUCACCAAUGAAUCUUUUAACACUGGGAACUUGAUCAACACACUGUGUAUGAAGUUUUUCAUUGCUGUUUUGAAUUCCAGCAGAAACGGUCAAUGUCACAGAAAUGUUUUUUGAUUUUUCUUUAAAUUGAAGAUGAAAUGUACUUUUACACUAACAAAUUCAAAGCGAUUGAAAUUUAAAUCUACUAAUUUCCAAUAAUUUAAGGAUUUCUGACAAUGUUUUUUUGGGUAUGCCACAAACUAUAAAAUUAAUCAAAAGUCCAGUUUGAGUAUAACAGUGUUCUCAAAUAAAAUUUAAUAAAACAUUGUGACAUAUUUAA